AUGAAUCGGUGGGGUGGGGUAACGUCAUCGCUGUCUGUACCAAGUAACCGGAAAUACGCGGUGGAUUUAACCGGGUGGGUGACGUUUGAGACGGUUGGAUCGUUGUUAGAAGUUUUGGUCGAGAGAGCAAAUGGUAAAAUAGAGAGUUACGUGGCGAAAGUAAGAGAGAGAGGAAACGAAACGAGGAGAUUGACGACAGUUAAGUCGUCUCUACUUUAUAGUUUGUGUCUACAGAUUGUUGAUGCUCCGUGGAUACUGACUCCAAGAAACUGA